AGAGCGGUAGAGAGACAUAGAGAUACAUAGGGCAGACUCAGUACUGGGUACUCAGUGCUCAGUAGCGGUGCAGCUCCAGCAGUCAGUAUGAGAGGAGAGAAGUUUCCCGGGUGAGCCGGGCUGGUCGGCAGGAGGACCAACAGAGACCAGAGGACGUGGAGACGUCGUGGGGACAGACAUUACCGUGUUACUGGAGACGUUGGAGAGGUCGUGGGACAGACCGUGUUACCGGAGAAAUACCGUUUACCUGGUGGAUACAUCCGCGGAGUUUGUCUCCAGAGCAGCAGCAUCAGUGGUGGUGGUAGUGGUAGUGGUAGUGGUGUUGCUGUUGGUGUUGCUGUGUGUGUGAGUGAGGUGUUUUGGCGGCGGCGGUCCGCUGCUAGCGAAACAUGAACAAGAACCACCGAGUACCGAGCGACCGGUCUCUGAGCGCCGUGGAGGUGAAGAGCAAGUUUGGUGCAGAGUUUCGUCGGUUCUCGUUGGAUCGGUCGAAGCCGGGCCGCUUCGAUGAGUUCUACGGCCUCUUGCAGCACGUGCAUCGCAUCCCCAAUGUGGAGUUGUUGGUGGGCUACGCUGACGUGCACGGCGACCUGCUGCCCAUCAACAAUGACGAUAACUACCACAAAGCCAUCUCCACUGCCAGCCCUCUACUCAGACUGUUCCUCCAGAGGAAAGAGGAAGCUGAUUACACGUUUGGUACCAACUCGCUGACCAGGAAGAAAAACACGGUGCUUUCGGCGGUUCUUCUGCGGCCUGACAUCAACAGGAAAAAACCACCAGUGAUCAUCAGCCUUCCUAGGGACUUCCGCCCCGUGUCCUCCAUCAUCGAUGUGGACAUCCUCCCCGAGACGCACAGACGCGUUCGCCUGUACAAGCACGGCCAGGAAAAACCGCUGGGCUUCUACAUCCGUGACGGCUCCAGCGUGCGGGUCACUCCGCAGGGCCUGGAGAAGGUCCCGGGGAUAUUCAUCUCUCGCAUGGUGCCUGGCGGGCUGGCGGAGAGCACCGGCCUGCUGGCCGUCAACGAUGAGGUGCUGGAGGUGAACGGUAUCGAGGUGGCUGGAAAGUCUUUGGACCAGGUGACGGACAUGAUGAUCGCCAACAGUCACAACCUCAUCAUCACCGUCAAGCCCGCCAACCAGCGCAACAAUGUUGUUCGCAGCGGAGGAGGAGGAACGGCGUCGGGUAGCUCGGGACGCUCGUCGGACAGCGGCGCCAGCUACUAUGGCUACUCGUCGCACGGCGGGAUGGGUGCGGCGGCCUCCAUGCCGUCGCACAUCAUCCAGAACUUCCCUGUCGGGGAGCUGGAGAGCGACGAGGACGACGAGGAUCUGGUGAUCGAGGCGGGAGGCGAGGCCGAGCCCAUCAGACGCACCGCCUCCAACUAUAGCAUGCCCUCGCUGCCUCGCUACGAGCCGCACCUCAACCUCCGCACUGCCUCCGCGUCCGCCCUCUCUCUUAAUGCCAACGGAACCCUGCCAGCCAGCGGCAGCAGCGGGUCACUAAGCAACGCCUAUGCCACUCGGACCACGCCGUCCCCAGACAGAGCAAUGGAGAGACGGAGUCUGGAGGAGGACGGCACUGUUAUAACUCUGUAGGCUGCUGGGCGUUCACACACACACACUGAACACUGGAAACCAGAGAGACAAUCACUGAAACAGGGAUCAUCAUCCUGUCCCGUCACACAGAGACUGGACCUGAGAAGCACAAUGAAACGUGUACAUAUCACAUCCCAACAAUGACACCUAAAUGUUUGUACAUCCCAACAUUUACACGUCAAAUAUACUGCACUCCAUACUGUUCUCCUCUACAUGCCAAUGACCACGCAUGUGUGCCAUAGUGGUGACCCCCCUUCCUCCAGUUCUGCAGGCACACAGAUGUCAGACAAAGAAGUGUAGAGGAAGUGUAAUUUGAUGCCCUCCUCUUCAUUUCUGAACCACUACAAGCACUUGUUUUUAACCUGGAAACUGUUGUUACACUGAGCCUCCACAAGAGGGCAGAGAUGAGACACCCCAUCAUCAUCAUCAGUCCCAUGAAUAGAUGAAGGUAGAAGUCCCCGUCCCCCCCCAUAACAAACACACACUGGAGCUGGAUUUUAGCUCAAACAUUUGCUGACAAUCCCCCCCCCCAGGUGACCACAGCAUGCCAUUGGCAAACAGUCGACCAAGUGCUGAGAUCUGCAAUAAUACUGUAGUUUUUAUGUGUGAUGGCUCAGAUGCUUUUAACCACUGUUGUUUUACCUGCUGUGUUAAUGACUGACUGAUAAUGAAAGCUUUAUGAUUCUGAUCAUUCUUGGGAGCAACUUGUCUUUUGAAAAAAACCCUUUACCAUCAGGCCUGUGUUUUAUAUUAUUUUAAUAUUUCAUAUCUGUUUCUUCUUCUUUUUAUUUUUUUUACACCAUACUUGUACCUCACAGGUGACUGUAUGACCAGUUUUUCCAUCUGACCAAUUGGAAGUUGCGAGUCACUCCAGAAAACUGCUCCUAACUGGGACGUCUUUAAUUUCCCCUCUCAUAUUUCCUUCAUGUUGCACUCCCCCCCCUCCUCUCCACGACAAGGGCUGUUUCCCCUGCUGCUGCAUGUGUGCGAAUGACAAAAUGUGAUUUUAAUAUUUUAUUUGUUUGUCUUCUCCAUUCUGUCUGAACCAUGACUCUGCUGUAUCAUAUAUUCAUUUUCUCACCACCAGAUCUCUGAGUUCACUUGGAUGUGUCCUGAGACAUUCACAUAUGAAAAGUGUUCUCUCCAGUAUUUCUGCACCACUUUCCUUUUCGGUAUAUAUUCAUUCUCAUUGAAUUCAAUUAAUGACACACUAGGAGAGAUAUGUAACCGCUGUAUUCAGAAUGAAAUAUUGACUUUGGGCCCAGAUGGCAGAUCAAUAGGUGGACUGAAACACUGUGAGCAAAUACGAGAGUUGAAAUGAGUGAUAUAUACAAGAGAGAAACCGCCUUGUGUCUAAAAAUAAGCCCUGGUCACAUUGAGUCAUAUUAAAACAAACACACAUGCAGGUUCACUGGGCACAAACUGAUUCACUCACAGUGUUUGAUAAAGGUGAGGCAGGGCUCACUUAUGUUCAGCAUGUAUUGGUAUUUCCAUCCAAGCUGUUGCUUUCUUUGAAAAGUCCCUAACUGGGCUGUAAUGAGCAAAAACUGGACUGACAGAAAUUUUAAAAAAUCCAAAAUUCUUUGUUGUGUUUUUUUCUUUAAAGCUGCACUAGAAAAAACCCCUCCUCAGCCCUUUGAGGUGAUUUUGGGCUGUAGAACUACAAUUGACUUGACUUGCAGGAUGCUUUGAAUUCACCAACACCUUUUCAUAGUGCAGCUUUAAAUUAUA